AUGCUGCCUCCGCCACCGGCGCCGCGCCGUCAAUACUAUAAUAGUAGACAUAGUACGGAGUACUAUAGUAGGCACCGCGACCGGCACCACGACCCGGAAAACCAUUCCAAUCAUCCGCACCUCUACGCGCACUCCCCGCGCCCCUUGCACCGCGCGCCCGCGCUUCCGCGGAGCUUCCCCGCGUCCGCCUUCGACCAUCUGUCCGCCCCCGCCGUGGUUUGCGGCGGGCGCACAACGUCGUACCGCGACCUCCUCGCGCACGCCGCCCGGCUCGCGCGCGAGUUCCGGAAGCGCCUGCCACGUGUCGACGCGGAGAAGCAGGGGCGCGCGGAAGCAGAGGCGCGCACGGAGCUGCAGCAGCUGGAGGGGGAGGCGGCGGAGGCGGCGGAAGGCCCUCGGAUUGCGAUUUUUGGGCGGCCGGGGACGGACUAUGUGGCGGCGAUGUGGGCGGCGUGGGCGGCGGGCGGAGUGGCGGUUCCGCUGUGUGAAAGCUACCCUCCAGAAGAGCUACUAUACGUCCUUAAAGACUCGGGCGCUUGUUUAGUCGUGGGGCCAGAGUCCAGCCGCCCGGUUUUGGCGCCGCUGGCAGCGGAAGUGGCGGCGGCGUUUGUCCCAUCUGACCCGCUGGAGGGCAAAGAGUUGGAGGAGAGGGACGCGGAUGAGGAGAAGGCGGGCAUCGAAGCCUUGAAGAACGUGCCCUUCUCGCAUGCAGCUGCCCUGAUAGUGUACACAAGUGGCACCACGGGUCGACCCAAGGGAGUGGUGCACUCACAUAUAGGCCUCGCCUCCCAGGCCGGCAUGCUAGUGGACGCGUGGGACUUCUCUCCAUCGGACCGAGUGCUCAACGUGCUGCCUCUGCACCAUAUCCGCCCACACGCACCUUUCCAUCCCCUCUUUCUCCUGCCGCACCGCCUCCAUUGCCCUUGCCCUUUCUCCACCUGUCUCAUACUCCUCUAUCCCUUCUCUACUUGUGCUGCCGCUGCACCAUAUCCACCCAUCCACACUUCCCCCUGCUCCUCUCUCCCUGCCACGCACCACCUCCCUUGCCCUUUCCCUUACACCUCACAACAAGGUUCACAUGUGCAUGGCAUCAUGAACGCUCUGCUGAGCCCUCUGUCCGCUGGUGCCACGGUCGAGUUCUUCCCCAGCCAUCGCUUCAGCGCAGCAGCCGUGUGGCAACGAUGGCGAGAAAGCUACCCCGAUGGUCGCUGUGCCCAGCCUGACUCAAUCACCUUCUUCACCGGGGUACCAACCCACUACAUGCGCCUGCUACAGGAGUUUGACCGCAUGCCCCUGCAGCUGCAGCGGAAAUCUGCUCUAGCCGCCAGCAAGCUGCGGCUCAUGAUGAGCGGCUCUGCCGCGUGCCCGGACGAGCUCAUGCGGCGAUGGCACCAGGUCACAGGGCAAAGGCUGCUGGAGCGAUACGGGAUGACAGAGUUCGCAAUGGCCCUCACCAAUCCGUUGCUGGGAGAGAAGAAAUCAGGCUCAGUGGGCGUGCCACUCAGAGGGGUUAAGGUGAAACUAGCAGACACUGCAAAGGAUCGGCACAGCAGCAGCAGGAGCAGCAGCAGCACUGGCACUGCACGAGCCAUGCUGGGUCACUUGUCUGCUCCCGGGGCAUUCAGCAGCAGCGGCAGCACUGGCAGCAGCAGUGGUGGUCGCAGCAGUGUUGUCAGCAGCAGUGGCAGCAGCAGCAAUGGUGGCACGUGGAGCGGGGGGUGGGGAGAGCUACUGGUGAAAAGCCCUGGCAUGUUCCUGCGAUACUGGAACCGACCUCAGGAGACAGCAGAGGCGUUUGACCCACAGGGGUGGUUCCGGACGGGCGAUAUUGCAUCGGUGGACAGCCAUGGGUACUGGCAGAUCCACGGCAGGGCGAGUGUGGACAUAAUCAAAACGAGGGGCUUCAAGGUUUCUGCGCUGGAGAUUGAGUCGAAGCUGCUGGAGCAUCCUCUCAUAUCCGAGGCAGCAGUGUUGGGAGUACCGGAGAGGCAGCAGGGAGAGGCAGUGGCGGCAGUGGUGGUGCUGGGAGCAGCACAGCAGCAGCACCAGCAGCAGGGCGUUACUGGGGAAAGUGUUGCUUACACCUGCGAAAAUGCAUGCCCUGUGAUCACUCUGGACGAGCUGAGGAAAUGGGCAGCCCCCCGCAUGGCUCACUAUAAGGCCAUUCCAUGCAUCUCCCCUGCUUUCCCCCCUAACCGACCAGGUGCCAUCUCGCCUGAGAGUCGUUGCCACCAUGCCUCGCAACGCCAUGGGGAAGGUGAGACGGCAACAGGAGCAUGA